AACAUCAUUUUAAGGUAGGAAAUUAUUGAGCAAAAUCAAGAAAGGAAACAACUGUGAAACAAAUUAGGAAGAACAGAAAAAGCAAAAAAGAAAAGGAAAUUAUGGUAUGUAUAUGUGUUAGUAUAUCUACAUGACACCAAAUCAAAGAAGAACCAGAGUACCCUCACUCCUUCAAAAUCUGGCAUUUAAAACAAAGGGAACAGAGGAAAAUGCCAUGGGUUGCUCUAACUUUUUUCUCUCUUCAUCUUUUGCUUGAUUUCAGGUUCUCUCCCAGAUAUUAUUUUCCAUUUUAGGGUUUCAAUAUAUAAUCAAUAACAUCCAAGAACCUGAAUUUCCUACUUUUUUUUGCGUUUUUGAGUUGACAAUAUUUAACAGGUACUUAAAUUUCAUGUGGGGCUGUAUUGAGUUUCAAGACUAUUAUUUUCCUUGUGAGGAGAAAAGGAUUGGAAAGACUAACAGCAGAAGAAGCAAAGCGAAGUUCAAGUAGAAGAAGAAAAAAGUAGAAGAAUUCUUUGGAGAUGGCUGCUUCUUCAUCCGUGCCUUUCUUUGGAAUUAGGGAAGAGGAUCAAAACCAGAUGAAGCAACAGCAUUCCUCAACCCCAACUUCAUCUUCAGCCCGGGCUCCGCCGCCACCAAAGAAAAAGAGAAACCAACCUGGAACACCAAAUCCAGACGCAGAGGUGAUUGCACUAUCUCCCAAGACCCUAAUGGCAACAAACAGGUUCAUAUGUGAGGUAUGCAACAAAGGGUUCCAAAGGGAGCAAAACCUACAGCUCCACAGAAGAGGACACAACCUACCUUGGAAGCUAAAGCAGAAGACUACAAAAGAAGUGAGGAGGAAGGUUUAUCUGUGUCCCGAGCCCACAUGCGUCCACCAUGACCCUUCUAGAGCUCUUGGUGACCUUACUGGAAUAAAAAAACACUACUCCAGGAAACACGGUGAGAAGAAAUGGAAGUGUGAGAAGUGCUCAAAAAGAUACGCUGUUCAAUCUGAUUGGAAAGCCCAUUCUAAGACUUGUGGCACUAGAGAAUACAGAUGUGACUGUGGUACUCUCUUCUCAAGACGUGACAGCUUUAUCACUCACAGGGCAUUCUGUGAUGCGCUGGCUCAAGAAAGUGCAAGAAACCCUCCUACCAACUUGAACACAAUUGGAAGCCAUCUGUAUGGAAGUAGCAACAUGACCUUAGGCUUAUCUCAAGUAGGUACUCAAAUUUCUUCAUUACAAGACCACAGUAACCAGUCUACUGACGUCUUACGAUUUGGUGGUGGUGUCCGGACUGGACAAUUUGAUCAUCUUCUCCCUCCAUCAAUUGGAUCAUCUUCAUUUCGACCUCCACAGCAAAUGCCUUCACCUGCCUUCUUCAUGCAAGAAACAAGCCAGAAUUAUCACGAUGAAAACCAAUCUCAGCAAGAGUUGUUGCAAAAUAAGCCAUUUCAUCAUGGACUGAUGCAAUUUGCUGAAAUUCACAACACCACAAGCAACCCUCCCUCUGCUGGCAAUCUAUUCAACCUUAGCUUUCUUUCCAAUAGUAGCACCACAAACAGUAACAACGCAAACAAUUCCAACAGCAACUUACCAACUUCAGGAUUGCUAAUAUCCGAUCAUUUCAAUAACCAAAAUGGUGUUGGUAGUGGGAGUGAAGAGACUAAUAACUUCUCAAACAAUGUAAGGGGUAAUCAAAUGACCUCUGGUGUUCCUUCUCUCUUUAGCUCUUCGGUUCAGAAUGAUAACAUGGUCUCUCACAUGUCUGCUACUGCGCUGCUUCAAAAGGCUGCUCAAAUGGGUUCCACUUCAAGCAACAAUAGUGCCUCAUUGCUAAGAAGUUUUGCUAGCUCUUCUUCAAGUGGAACCAAAUCAGACAGGGCGCUAGUUGGUGGGAACUUUGGUGGCAUGCUCAGCGACAACGAGAAUAAUCUUCAUGAACUAAUGAACUCAUUUGCUCCUGGGAAUCCCUCCAUUUUUGGUUCUGGACAUGCCCAAGAAAACCCCUACGGUGGAUAUACUGCAAAUAGGACUAGUCUGGAGCAAGAAAAGCAACACCAUGUCCCAAAUUUUGGCAAUAUUAAUAUGGAUGAAGCAAAGUUGCACCAAGGUCUCAAUGCGAGCAACAUCGGUGGAUCUGAUAGACUGACAAGAGACUUUCUUGGUGUUGGUCCUCAAAAAGUGAGAAGCAUGAGUGGAUCAUCAGGGUUUUCACAAAGAGAAAAACAGCAGCAGCUACAACAUCAGCAUCAUGGCAUGGAUAUGGGUGACUCCUCCUUGGAUUUAGAGAGGCACAAUACUAGUAUUUCUGCGGCGCCGACAAGCCAAUCUUUCGGAGGAAAUGGGAGUUUCCAGUGAAGAAGAAAAAAUGCUAGAUGACAAGUAUCGGGCAGGAGGGAAUGUAAUUUGUUUCAUGGAAGAAAGGCCUUUCGGAAACAUGGUGCAGUAAUUACUUUGGAUUUCUAAUAGUUAGCAGUAAUGUUAUUAUAGAACAGUUCACGAACUUUCAUUUAUAAAUGUGUGCUUCGUAGAUUAUAGUGGGUCAUGUUAUAUACAUGCCACACGUAUGCUUGGAAGUUGUAGCUUAAUUUUUUUAGAGAAUUUUACAG